AUGAUUGCCCGUGCUUUCUCGCCGAUGAACAAGGCCGGCCGCAUGAUGCGCGUGGCUGGUCAGCGGGUGCGCUUCAACUCGAACCUGCCGAUCCCACCCAAGAUUGCCACGCCAAAGAGUGUGCAGGGUGAGAACGCGGCCAACACAGAAGCUGUGGUCAACUUCUACAAGGCCUUGCCAAAGGGCUCCGAGCCCGAGAGGCGCGCUACAGGCAUCAAGGCCAAGUACUUUGACGGAAAGAACGCCAGUGGCAAGCCACUUUUGUGGGUGAUUGGUGGUCUGAUGCUCUUUGGCUACACGCUGGAAUACAACGGUCACCUCAGUACGUUGGCUCGAUGCGCACGCGGAUUGACUAACAUCGCACACAGAGCACCACAAGAAUGCGCACCACUAAGUGUAUUUGUGCUGGGCUUCUUUAUUCUUACAUAUGCUGUGCAUAGCUGA